UAUAAGUGAUACACACAUAGGCAGACAGACGACACAUGUGGAUGGUGUCUCGUUGACUCUCAUCCCAGUCGUUUUUAUUUAAACAAAAAUGAUUCGCGUCAUUAUGAGCGCAAUUUAUUGUGCGUAGAAAAUCCACAGCAUCACUUUUGAUGCUACUUUUGUUUGUCACGCGAUCUACGUCGUGUUGAACUAUGGGGAAGUCAAAGACCAAGAACCAGAAGAAAUCCCGAACGUCAGCCAACAACUUGGCCGAGCAGACGUAUGGAGCCGUCCCCCACUCCUUCGUCUUUCACCGUGGUCAAAUCGGGAAAAACGUGGCUCAGCUCAUCCUGGACGUGAGGAGAGUCAUGGCUCCUUUCACUGCAGAGUCUCUGAAGGUGAGGAAGAAGAACGUGCUCAAAGAUUUUGUCUCCAUCGCGGGGCCACUGGGGGUGACGCACUUCAUGAUCUUCAGCAAAACCCAGACCACCGUCAACAUGAGACUCGCUCGGCUUCCUAAAGGUCCCACGCUUCACUUCCGAGUGCUCAAGUACUCUCUCGUCAAAGACGUGGUUUCAACUCUGAAGAAGCACAGGAUGCACGAACAGCAGUUCACCCAUCAUCCACUGCUCGUCCUCAAUAACUUUGGGUGCGACGGCAUGCACGUCAAACUCAUGGCCACCAUGUUCCAAAACAUGUUCCCGUCCAUCAACGUGCACAAAAUUAGCCUCAACAACAUCAAGAGGUGUGUGCUGGUGAAUUACAACCCAGAGACGGAGGAAAUCGAAUUCAGACACUACAGCCUGAAGGUCGUUCCUGUCGGCAUGAGCCGCGGAGUGAAGAAGCUGAUGCAGGAGCGAUUCCCCAACAUGAGCAAGCUCGAGGACAUCAGCGAGCUGCUGAUGAAGGGCGCGAACCUGUCGGAGAGCGAGGCGGAACAAGACGGCGAGCACAACAUCACCGAGCUGCCGCAGGUUUACUCCGGCAGGGGCAACAUGGCGUCGCAGCAGAGCGCCGUCCGCUUGACUGAGAUUGGUCCUCGCAUGACUCUGCAGCUGAUGAAGAUCCAAGAGGGCAUGGGAGAAGGAGACGUCCUCUAUCAUUCUUUAAUUUCCAAGACUGAGGAGGAAAUACAGGAGAUCCUGAGCAGGAAAGAGGCUCAGAUGAAGGAGAAGGCGGUUCGGAAGAAGAAGCAGGCGCAGAACGUCGCUCAGAAGAAAGACAAACGAGAAGAGAACAAAAAGAAGAGUCUGGAGGGCAUAAAGAAGAAAGAGGCUGAAGAAGAGGACAGCGAGGUGGAGAAUCCUGGGCUGCCGGAGGGUCAGACCGCUGCUGUUGAAUCUGAUGAUGAGGCGGAAUAUUACAGACAGGCCGUCGGAGAGGAGCCAGAUGAAGACAUGUUCCCUGCCAAGAAGAGGCGGAGCUCAGAGAAGCCACAAGGAUUUGUGAAGAAGAGGAAAAUGUCCAGAGAUGGAGACACCAGAUCUCCAAAGAGAACUGGUCCAGGAGGACGAUACGGGGACAAACCGGGGACAGGACGGAAUAUGUCCGGGGACAGGGAGAAACCAUUUGGAAAGAAAAUGAAGCCCGGAGGAAAGGCAUUCGGUGCUAGAAAACCUGGCGAUCGAGAUAAUAAAUUUGGCGGGAAGAAGAAAUUUGAGAGCAAAAAGACAUUUGGUGGGAAUAAAAACAAGGACGGACACUUCAGGCCUAAAGGUCAGAGGGCCAUGCCGGGCUUCAAGAAGAAAGGUUUCAAACAGAGAAAGGGAAAAGGUUGAUGCCGCGUCUUCUGUCUGGACUCGCCACCAGGUGGCAGCAAACAUCCACUUCACCAUCAAUGCCAGUGAUGGUUGUGUGUGAGAGACUUAUUUUGCUGAAAAUCAGCAGAGGAACUAACAAAAUAAAGUGCUAUAUUUUUCACACAGUGUGAGUUAAUACUGAAAAUGUACUUGUUUUAAUAAAUUGUUUAAAAAUCA